CAGUAAAUAUUUUCACAUAUUCUUUUUUUCCUCAAAUUUAUUUUUUUCUCUCUUCUGGUUUGACGAAGAUGGUGAGGAGAGUGAGAUGAAGAAAUCAAGAAGAUUGGGUUUUGAUUUUGGUCCGAUUCGGGUACGAAACUGGUUCAAUCGGCUGAGGCUUCUUCUCUCUCGUGGUGAUUUGAUCUAGGGUUUUUGUUCUGUUUGGUUUGAUUCGGACACAAAAUAUAUUAAUCGGCGGUUGGGUUUCUUCUUACUCGUCGUGGUGAUUGAUAAGGGAUUAUGUUUCGAAUCUAACCCUAGACGUUUGUCUCCGCUUCAUUGAGAUGCCACCCUCUUCAUUUAAUGCUCUCUUUUCUGCCGAACGUUGUCCCAUCGGUCUCUAUUUUUGAAGCAACCCGCGAAAUCACACUCUCUCUGCCCAGGGGGUAGUUUUGUCAAUUUGUCCCUCCCCUUUUCAUCCAAUGUGGCACUCCUAAUAAGCCACAAUCGAAACUGGCAUUUCUGAUUUUUUCCUAUCUAAAUGUGAAUCUGGCUUUGGCACUUAAACGCAAUCACCAAUCUCAAAAACAUAUUAAGAGGGCCAAAACCCAUAAAAAGCCCAUGGGCUUUACAAAACGGAAACAGGUACACAAAAAAAAAGUGAAAUCGGAAAAAAAAAACCCAGCCGUGGCCGGGAAAGGUUCGGAUCCCUACUGAUGAUCAUCGGUGGCAGAGAACUCAGAGCAUUAGUACCGGAGAAUAAAAGAUCAUAGUCAUCGACGGAAGUGUUCUUCUCUUCACGGCUCUGUUCAUUCUUUAAAUUGAAAAAGUCUCUGAUCUGCUCAAAAUCUUCAGAUGGCAUGGCUUGUGGUAUCUCUUUCUCUGAUUGUUAUCUGGGUGGCUUCUUUAUGCAAAAUUUUCUUCGGAGGAACAUCUAACUCCAAAGCUGCUAUUAUCGGUGAUGGUAGUAAUACCCCUGACAAGAAAAAUGUUAUGUUCGUUUUUGCACAUCCUGAUGAUGAGUCAAUGUUCUUUUCUCCAGCGAUAAACUACCUCACUUCCAAUGCAUACAAUCUUCACAUAUUAUGCUUGUCUACUGGUAACGCUGAUGGUAUGGGAAACAUUCGGAAAGAUGAGCUGCAUCAGGCGUGUGCAGUGCUCAAGAUUCCGCUUCAACAGUUAAGAGUUCUGGACCAUCCAAAUUUACAGGAUGGCUUUGGGAAAGUAUGGAGCGUAGUAUGUAGUGCAAUCUAUGUAUGUCCACGUAGAGGAUUUGUCCAUUGAACUAUAAAAUCUGGUCCUCUUUCUUCACCACACUCAACCUCUGUCGCUCUUGUCCGUCUUUAAUGCCAAACUCUGUUUCUCCUCCUUCACCAACAUCCACUUCCAGAGAAUAUUUCACUCACUUGUCCUCCAUUGUUACUUCUCAAAUCUACUUUAUUUGUUUUUGAUGUUUUUGUUUUUGUUUGUGUUUUCUUUUAAAACCCAAAAAAGAUCAUAAGCAGACACUAAUCUAAUAGUGUUCUGUCGGAUUCAAUUUUGGGGACAUUGUCCCGAGCAGAAUUGUAAACUAUAGAUGGGAGUGCAUGUUGGGAGUUGGAAAAGGGAUUUUAAGAAGUCUUAAGACAAAGACUGAAUAUAACAAAAGUGUACUCAAAGUUUUGGUACCCUCGGCUUGGGAAACUCAUAAGAUGAAAAGGUCAAAAGACUUUGGAUAUGAA